GCGUAGCCGCAACAUGGCUUCCGUAGCUAGGCUGGACUUCACUUUAGGUGGUGCUCUUUUUUCUAGGAAUCCUCCCGUUUAAACCAGUGCUACCAGAAUCUCGUUUCUCAGAAAAGUCUCGUCUAGCAGAGACUGUAGCCAUGUGUGAUAACCUCACUGGCCUCCAAGAUUGCCAUGCCUUUCAGUGUAUGAUCUCUUCUUGUGGGGAUUUAUGAAAGACUAUUUAUGUGCCCACACUUCUACGUACAUUAACUGAACUUAAGAUACGCAUAACAACAGCCACGGAAGCGGUGGAUGCAGAUAUGUUUACAAAAGUUUGGGAUGAAUUUAACUACCAUAUAGACACAUGACAUGUGUCCAAAGAUGAAUAUAUUGAGCGCCUCUAAUUUGGUCUGUAAAAAAACUUUGUUUAGCCAUGUAGCAUAAAAUUACUCUUAAACUUCUAUAUUCAGUAUUUUUCAUAAUAUAUGCAUUUUAAAUUGAUUAGUAUAUAUAUAUAGAGAGAGAUCCACAUUAUUUGCUCUAUAAAAACUAAAUUUAGGAAUAAGGAAGAGGACAUAGUAAGAAGGAAGAAGAAAUUUGAGUUUCUCCUUGCAAUGAUUCAUCCAUCGGGUCAAAAUAUAUUAAAUCUUGACUCAGUCUGCAAGUUUAACAUUGUUCCAAGUGAUAAUUGUUUGCUUAUCACAGAUUUUCCAAAUUCCAGAUCACUGCUAUAUUUGAUGAAGAGAUUUCUUCUUAUCUGAUGCAUAAUGGUGGUGAUGGCACAAGUGCCAGCUCUGUGGGCACAGAAAGCCCAGAUAUAUUCCAAAAUGGUGAAAUUAUAUCAGCACCAUUGAUUAAAUCUUAUAAUAACUCUGAUGUGGAAAUAAGUGAUGAAAAAGCUGCAGCAGGUAUCCUUCCCCUUCAUGUCAGAAGAGGAAGUGAACCUGCUCUAAAUCGACUUUCUCCAUCACUUUUAUCCAACGGAGAUAGUUGUAAGAGGUGGUCUGCUGCUGUCUUAGCCAGUGAUGAUACAUUUAAGCAGUUGAAUAGUGAAGGAGAAGAACAGUCAGAAGAUGAUCUUCCACCUGGAGAAAGAGAGGAUGGCAGUGGAGAAGAGAAAUCAAUAUCUUAUCAACAGUACUUAAAUUCAUGGAAUUGUGAUGGACAUUUAAACAGAGAUGAAAGGAGAGAACCACUUGGUGGACCCACUUCGCCAAAACAUAGUACUGAUGAAACUGAAGAUAGUGAUUGCUCCAGUUCUUCACAUAAGAAGGUCAUUGAGGUAAUGAAACUAAAAAAAGAAGAUGGUCCGCUGGGUAUCCGUAUAGUUCCUGCAGAUGAUAGUCCAGAAAACAACAAAGGCGUUAUAAUCCAAGGUAUUGAACCUGGUGGGAGAAUAGAUCGGGAUGGACGAUUUUGUGUUGGUGAUCGUAUAACAGAAAUAAAUGGUUUAAAGUUGAGUAAGGACUCUUAUCGGAAUGCUCAAGAAAUACUCAGGGAUGCUAUGAAAGCUCCUGAGCUAAAUAUUCAUUGUAUAAAAAAGGAUUCUACCAAAAUAACAAUUAAUUCCAAACCAAAUCUUAAGCAGAAGAAAAAUGCAAGGAAUGAUAAACUGGCAGAUAAUGAAAAAGUGUCCAGUUCCCUUAUUUCUAAGUUGCAAGUGACUUCUCCUGGGAAAAAAAUUCCUUCAACACCAUUACAUAAAAGUAGUCCUGCUCAUUCAAGUAUAAGGAAGGUUGGAAGACGAAUCUUAGUCCAUCUUACUAAAGGUUCUGAAGGCCUUGGUUUCAGUAUCACAUCUAAAGACCCUAAUAAUGGUCCACCAUUUUUUAUCAAGAAUAUUCUUCCUGCUGGUGCAGCUGUCGAUGAUGGAAGGCUGAAAACUGGUGAUAAGCUGCUUGAGGUGAAUAAAGUCGAUGUGUCAAAUAUGACCCAAACGGAAGUUUUGAGCAUGUUGAGGAAAGUUCCUUUUGGUGAUGUAGUUGAGCUUGUGAUCUCAAGGCAAGAAACAGAUUUGUCACCAAGUCCAAGUCUUCCAAGAGAACUGCCCCAUGAAAAAUGUGAAGAAGAUGUUGGUAUUUUUCCUUGGAAACGGAGAGACAUUUAUACAUAUGAAAUACCUCUCAAUGACACCGGGUCUGCUGGUUUAGGUGUCAGUGUCAAAGGGAAAACAUCAAACACUGAAAAUGGCCAAGUAGAUAUGGGUAUUUUCCUGAAAAAUAUUUUUCAUGGAGGUGCUGCCUACAAAGAUGGAAGACUUCGCAAUAAUGACCAGUUAUUAAAUGUAAAUGGUAUAUCACUCCUGGGUAUGACGAACGGUCAAGCCAUGGAAACACUGAGGAGAGCUAUGAUUCAAGGAGAAGGACCUAAUGCUGUUUCAAAUGCAAUAAUUUUAACAGUGGCUCGCCGAGUGCCUUCACCUACUCAAGACAAUGCUCUUUCUGAUCAGGGAGAUAGCUCUUGUCAUGACAGAAGUGAUUCUUUGCUUAGUGAGAGUGGUGACUCUUUUUAUGUGUCAAAUGAAAAUUUAUCACCAUCAUCUAACAAAUGCAAUGGUGUUACUCCAGACACUUCAACAAGUGACAAUUCAGGUAAUACAGUAAUUUUUAGGUUGCCAUCUGAUGAGAGGUUAGAAGAUGUUAGUGAAGACAAAGAAAAUGAUUUAGAUGUUUCUUCAUCAUCGCCAGCCUUUAAACAUAAUCAUCUGUUACAUAACCUUUCUGAUAAUAACAUAAGUGAUACAAACAUUGUAAAUACAGUGGAAUACCAGCAAUCCAAUCAAAGGCUGAAUGAAAUAACACAUGAAGACCAAGAAAAUUUAAUUGACUUACAUCCUGAUCAAAGCUCAUCAUUUCUAAAAUAUGAAGCAUCCAAUGGAUUCAAAGAAACUGGUCAUACUGUUAAUCAUAAAAAGUCAUUAUCUAAUCCUUCAGAAACAGACUUUUCUUAUAGAUCUCCACACAGGAAACCUAAAACUGUUCCUCAAACAAAUUACUGUGAUAGCCCAGCCUUCUUUAAAGAUGCAACAAAUGAAAGAUUACCAAUGGACAGCCACUUUAAUCGCAGUGGUUUUGGUAGGCAAAGUAUGCCUGAAAAGAAAAUUUUACAAGCUCAUCAAAGGAGUAAAUACUUACCAAAUAGGAUUAUGCAUGAAAAUAGAAUAGAUGACUGCACCUCAACUCAUAAUCUCCAACAAAGUCAUUGCCAACAAUAUCAUCAUAGAGAAAUGCCUGUUGAUGUAGGACCAUAUGAAACGUAUGUGAAAUUUCAGCCAAAGACACCAAAUGGAGCUAAAGUUUCCAACAAUGGGUUGGCAGUGGAAAAAGCUCAGCGAACUACUGUCUUCUAUCCAACGUGUUGUUGGUCUUGCAAUUCUCCAGAUUGUCCCUAUCAUGCUGUGCCAACUACAGGUCGAGAGAGUGGCAGCAGUGAAGGAACUUGCACUCAAGUUGGUCCUUCACUUGGGCUUUAUAAAUCAAGUAGUCUAGAGAGUCUUCAGACUAUGAUACAGGAACAACAGAAGAGAAAUAUGCCUUUGGGAACAAGUGCAUGUUCAAGUAGAGGUUGCAAUGAGAGCUUUAGAGCUGCAGUAGACAAGUCAUUUGAAGCCAUAGACCAGAUUGAACAUGCUGCGAGUGAUGAAGGGAGACACUUAACAAAUACAAACCGUAACCAUACACGUGCCAAAACCAUCAACUCUGUAGUUCCAGAAGCUGGGAAGAAAAAUGAAAAAUCAACAAAAAAGAAAGGACUUUUUCGAGGCCUUGGUUCUGUCUUUAGGUUUGGUAAAUCUAGCAAGAAAAGUGUCAAAGGUUCAGCUGUUUCUACUGAUAAAGAACAAAAACUUGAGACAACACCUCAACAAAGUAAAAAAGCUACUCAGGAUGAACAAGAAAGGAUUCAGAGGCAAUAUCAGGAACUUGUUGAACGUCAGCGACUGAUACAAACAACACAGUAUAAUCACUCUGUAAACAGACAAUUAUCAUCGAAACCAUCAUUCACAUUUCCACGUUCUGGUACUUCUUCUCCACAUCCAAGCCAAAGUUCUACAGCAAUAUCUCCUCAAAGUAGGCAAGAAAGAAUGCAAAUUCUAAGACUUGAGCAUCAGAGGAAACACAAACAACGAAAUGGUUUUUAUCCACAAGAAGAUCAAGAAGAGCUAUAUGAACAAAGAAUGAAACAGAAUACAGAUUGCAGUGCAAUGAUUAAUCGACCUCUUCCCCCAUUGCCUCAUCAAGAUUCUGAAAGUAUCUCUCAGGGAAGCAAUCUAGAAUUAACUCCAAAGACUCAAAGCUUAGAAAUUUACAAGGAAAUGUCAAAACCAGGCAGUCGGAAAGGAUUUGCUGACCCGAAUCGUUAUAGUCAUUAUAUGAACUUCCAAGAGAUACAACAACACCUGCAACAAUUUCAUCUCCAUCAGAACAUGUAUUUAAAAGACUGGCCCCCUGAAAUGCAACCAUCUUACCUCAUGACAGAACAAAAAUAUAUGGCCAAUUUGAAUCGUAGACAUUAUAGGCAUACCGUCAGUUCACCUCGAUCACGGCCAAAUUCAGAAUUUUUUGAUUUUAGGAAUAGUGAUAUGUCAAAAUCACCUCUCAGAGGUAUAUCUGAAUCAGGUUCUUUACCAAAAAGAAUGUUUCAGAAUGGUAAGCAAAGACUGCCCAUACCAGCAGUUUUCAUGCUGCAACAACAAAACUGUAUUAGUAAUACUCCAAAUGAGCAUGUUUCAUCAAACUUUUACAAUCAUAAUCCAACUCUUGAUGAUUUGCAUGAAAAGAGAAAAACAGGCUCGAAGGUCUGACUGUUUUUAUGACGAUACUACAAAGAUUUUGAGUGAAACAUAAAAAUAUGUUAAAAGCUGAAACAGAAGACAUACUGUUGUUGAUUUCAUACAGUCUUUUACACUUUCCAAUUUUAUACAUUAAAUAAAAAGACCUUAUUAAAUAAAAUACCUUCAUAGCAUGUUUUAAAUAGUCUCCAGUCUUCUAAUUAACAUAAAAGGCAAAUAUAAUAUAAAAAUUAUAUUCUUCCUGCACUACAGCAUAACCAAAAGACAGAAUUAUAUUUAAAAAAAUGAGUGCAUGAAGGUUAUAUCUGUAGAGAUAUUUUGUGAUCAGUCUUAAAACAGUUUGCCAAUUAUUUUUUAAUAUUUCCUAUGUGCCAUGUAUAUAUCAAUAAUAUUACUUGCAUGUAUAAAUUGAAUGCUUCAUGAAGUUUGCUUUGCUAAUGUACAUAGUACUGCUCUUUUGAUCAUAAAAACUUGAUAUAUUUUUGUAACAUAUUGCAAUAUUUAUGAUAUAACAUUGUCAUUUGUUUCUUCACCGAAAAAUUGAGUCUGUGAAUAAAAUUUUACAAAUAUGAAAAAUUUUACAUACCUUUUUUAAUAAUAAUACUAAUCCAGAUUUAAUAAAUAAUUUUCAAUCAUGGUUAAUUCUUCCCCUUUGAAUACUUAGAUUAUUCAACAAAACAACCACCAGUCUCAAAUACAGUUUUUUAGAUAAAGGAUCCAUUUUAAGUACCAAAAAUAAUCUCCCUAAUGAAUAUCUUAUGGGGUUAUUGCAUAUCACAGAGAAACUUUUCGAUGAAAUGAACUUGUUCGUCUUCCUACCAUUGAAGGGUCCAUUUUGUUGGAACCUGUGUCCUGGCUAGCGAUGUGGGACUUUUUGAAACUGAACUGAAAAUUUUUCACUUGAAGCUUUGUUUCUCAUUCCUUUAAGAACUUGUUUCACAUUAAGUUACUCCAAAACAAAAAUUCUGGGAAAUGUUUCUUUCAACAUGCUAUUGAGGAUAGCUUGUACAUGUGAUACGGGUUUUAGUCGGCAUAGUUCAGCCAACUAAAACCCGUAUCGCAAUUAAUAAUCAAUUACUUCAUGUAGAAGUCAUUGAUUUUCAAGAAUCAAUAGAAUUCAGCAAACUAAGAGAAGAAUAAGUAGACCUGCAGCCAGAUUGAUUCUUGGCUCAAACUUCAAUUGACAAGGUCCUCUUGGUCAUGUGUUUUAAAAAAUGGAUUAUCUUCUGAAGAAAUGCAUUCACAGUAGUGAUAAUUAUGCUGAAUUAACUAAAUAUUCAAAAGGGUGAGAAAAAUCAAAAUUGUUUCUAUGGAAUUUAAAGAACAAUUAAACAAGAAUUAGCAAAAAUUUAAAUCCUUAAAAAAUCUUUUUUCAUAAAUUUUAAAAAUUAUAAAAAAAUUAAGAUUACUGAAUUCAUCAUUUACCUGGCUUAUGUUACUAUAACAAUUUUCUUUAAAUAAUUUCUCUAGUGUGCAAUCUUUUCAAUAAAAAUGACAGUAUUAUGUUUUCAUUUUCAUUAUUGUGAUAUAGAUUGCUUCAUUAUAGAAUUCUGAUAACUUAAAAACAGUAAUGUAAAGUAUUAUAUAAAGUUCUGUAAAUAUUUAUAAAUAUGUAUUUAUAUAAAUGUUUGAAUAAAAUUUUUUAAUUCAACA